CUACCCGGAAGUUAGGGUUGUUGUUAUUGUCGGGCGGGAAAGAAGAGUUUUAGUUUUGUUUAUUUCAAGAUAACAGCUUUUAAAACAUUUCCCACAGUUUAAUUUUAGUCAUAACUUCAUUAUAUGAGUUACACUGAACAUAAAAGUUGAUGUGACUUAACUGUAAGCAGCGGAAAGACCAAAUAAGGACCCUCUCUGAUCUGAGCUCUUCAGAAGCUGGUAUUUUGACAAUGUCAUCUAAACAGCAAGAUCCGACCCCAUCUAUCUCCCCRGUCCUCUUCAUGACUGUGGAUUCUGAGCCCAUGAAUUUCUUCCUGCGACCGGGUCCUGUCAAACAAAAGCUCCAGCCUCUCAUCACUGCUGGAGGAGGGGUGAUGUGCCGCGUCCAGCAGCCAGGGGCCAUUCUGCUGAUUGAUCCUGAGGAAAAGAGCUCAGUUCCUGAAUCUGCUGCACACUGGUAUGUGUCCACUCAGUAUAUUCUUGACUGCGUUGAACAGGAGGAACAGCUGAAUUUAGAAGAUUACAGGUUCAUUCCUAAAGUGAUCCAGAAAGAGUCUCCUAGACUAAACAAAAGCAAAGGCAGUGCUGCAGGCAGACUUGCCUAUACCCCUGAAGAGGAUGCUGACAUUUUGGCUUUUGUCCGCAAAAAUAAGCUUAACAUUGGGGGUAACCUAUACUGGCAAGAGAUGGAGAAACAGCGUGUGACCAGUCACAGCUGGCAGUCGAUGAAGUCCAGAUAUAAGAAAUUUCUCGCAACUAAACAAUCAGAGAUUGAGGAGGUGGAAAUAAGAGAAGAUGCUAAUAAAACAGCAAAGGUGGCAGCAAAUCAAGAGAGUGAUGCUGAAAAAUCAUUCUGUGAAGAAGAAGUUGUUCCUCAGACACAUUCAGCAGAUUCCAACUCGACACAGAUUGAACUUGAGUCGGAGCCUGCAGGAUGCACACCUAAAAAUAAAGAUGCUCAGACAGCUGAUCUUAGCGGAGUGGAAGAGGAACAGAAUCAGGAGUCAGAUGAACAAGCAGAUGAAAACUUGGAAUCCUCUCAAACUGAAAGAGAAAACUUACAGCCAGGUACCCCCUCCAGAACUGCUGAGACCACAGAACCAGAGAGAGAUGAACCUGAAACAACCGUCUCUCCACAGAAACAAAAUUUGCCUGAAGCCUCUCCUCCAGUCCAGUCCAAGUCCACUCCCCAAAAAUCUUCUUCAAAAAAACUAAUCAAAACGCUGUUUGACUCCCCCAGACUUGAACAACCACAGCGUCGAAUAACUCGCAGGCAGCUCGAGCUUGGAUCCCCUGAGCCUUAUGCGAAAAAACUCCGAUCAUCCUCGAGCUGCACUGCGCGUUCCACACCAYCUCCACAGAUCUCUAAGAAAACUAAAUCACCACUUAAGUCUGUUCGUCAAGACAACCUAACAGAUUCACCACCUCCGAAAAGAGCCAGAGGAAAGAAGGUGGCAUCAGAAGCAGAGAGUCAGCCGGAGCAGCGUGAACAAGAUACCAACUCUAAAACACCACAAGCAGGUAAAUCUAAUUCAGUGCCACAAAAGGCAGCGAAGAAAAGAGAGAAAAGGCAGCUGGGGAUUCUUGAAGUGGCAACAAAGGAGUUUGAAGAUGACUCUGAGUCUGACGAAGAUGACGCUCCAGAUCUUCAAAAAGAUUCUGAAACAGCAGACCAGACUUCUGCACAGUCCAACCCCAAAACUGGACCCGACCCACAGGGAAACCUGCCAGAGUCUCAGGCCUCGAGUGCUGACUGUAUCCCAGACACAGACGUGCCCGCUGCUGCACCUGCUGUGCCCGCUGCUGCACCUGCUGUGCCCGCUGCUGCUGAGCCUGCCGGUGCGACCGCAAAGGCCCACCUGUUUAUUUUCGACAGUGAGUCCCAGGAAGAAGACUCUCAGUCUGUUUACGCCGAUUGUUUAGCUGCUCCGUCCAACUCACAGCCCRCGGUGGACAAAGGUGCCGCAUUUUCUCUCACUCAAGCACAGUUAGAGGAAGACAAGCAGAGAAUCAGAGAACUGAUGAACCAGACAAACCAGGACUUGAUCAGUGUGACCAAAGCCUUGUUAAAGACCAGUGGAGACUUCUCUGCUGCACUGGACCUGCUUGUGAAUCCUUCCUCUGUUUCAGUACGGAUUUGGACUCACCAYGAUGACAGUCUUUUGCUCUCAUCUGAUCCUGCUGUUCGUCAGAAGCUGCAGGAGAAAUAUGGUGAGGAGAACGUGGCAAAGAGAAUCAUGUUUCUCGAAGUGGAAGGGUGAAAGUGAUACWGAUGGAAAAUUUGGACAAACAUCUCUUCAUCCGGUGAAGAAUUUAAAAUUUGUUUUACAGAAGUUAGUUUUCCUCAUCUGCUUAUUGUUGGGGUUUCUGACAUUUUUGAUAGAAAAGAAAAACAACUCUUUGUUAUUCUUUGUGGUUCAAACUUUCUUGAUGAACUUUCUUAGUGACUAAAGUGGACAAUAUGAAGUAAAAAUAACUAAAAUAAAAGUUUAGAGCAAGAUAAACCUGUGAUUAUUUUAAAAAAUCACAAAGAAAAGAUUUGUGUGGUCUAUAUUUUUUUGUAUGCAGAACCUUUUGUGCAUUUUAACAUCAAGAUAUUUCAUGAAAUUGGUUUUAUUUCAAUAAGUUUCAUAAUAAAUGUUUAAAAACCA